AUGAGAGCAUCAGCACUACUUCCCCAAGCGAGGGGUUCCUCCACCUUCUUCCCCGGGCCCAAAUCGCCUGACCCCCUCGCCCUCACCAAUGCGCUCUCCGCAGCCUCCCGCUCCUCUAGGCCACCGUCGCACCUCCACGCGCAGGUCCUCAAGCUCGGCAUGUCCGGCGACACCUUCACCACGAACCACCUCCUCAUCUCCUACUCCAGAAGCGGGCUCCUCGGGGGCGCGCUGGCCGUGUUCGACGAAAUGCCGCACAGGAACCUGGUUUCCUGGACCGCCAUGGUGUCCGCCUCGACACGCGGCGGCGCGGCCGAACUGGGCAUCCGGCUGUUCGUCUCCAUGCUGAGGAGCGGCUUCUGCCCGAACGAGUUCUCUCUCGCCAGCGCGCUCCGUGCUGCCUGUGAUCGGUCCGCGGCCCGUGCCAAGCUCCAGUUCGGCGCCUCGCUCCAUGGCGUCGCGGUCAAGGUCGGCGUGGAUGCCGAUCCUUUCCUGGGAAGCUCAUUGCUGCUCAUGUAUGCCAGACAUGGGCGUGUUGCUGCUGCGGAGCGCGCAUUUGCGGACGUCCGGUGCAAAGACUUGACGUGCUGGAACGCGAUGCUGGAUGGCUAUGUCUCCAAUGGCUGUGGAUAUGGCGCGAUGAGGGCAGCGGCUCUGAUGCAUCAAUGUGGGCUACAAGCUGACAUGUUCACCUACGUUUCAGCUCUCAAGGCAUGUUCCAUCACGGGGGAGUUGGAUUUUGGACGACGGCUUCAUGGAUGUGUCAUCCAUAACAUGUUUGAGUCCGAUGCCUCCGUGAUGAAUGCGCUUGUCGAUAUGUAUUUGAGCUCCGGGCUGACGGACAUUGCCAUGGCUGCUUUUGGUAGGAUCCGGCAAAAGGACACGAUUUCUUGGAACACACUGAUAUCCCGUUUCGCGCAUGAUGAAGACGAUAGAGCAGCUGCAUGCUGCUUUGCUGAUAUGCCGCUAUCGGGUUCUAAGCCUAAUGAAGUCACUUUCUCUAUCAUGCUGAGGCUGAGUGGUGCUAAAGAGAACGCCUCACUUGGUCUUCAGGUAUUCAGCCUUUCCUAUCGUCAUGGCUACUCCGACGAUGUUCUUGUAGCAAAUGCAGUUAUCAACAUGCUUUCGAGAUGUGGAUUACUCAACGGCGCACAUGGCUUCUUCUGUAACCUCAAGUUCAGAAACAUUGUGACUUGGAACGAGAUGAUUGCAGGUUAUGGUCUGUACAGCUGUUCUGAAGAUGCAAUGAGGCUCUUCCGCGGCAUGGUUUGUUUCGAUGAAAGACCAGAUGAGUUCACCUAUUCAGCUGUUUUGUCUGCUUUCCGAGAAUCUCAUGAAGCAAGGAACCAUGAGCAACUCCAUGCAAUUAUUCUGAAACAAGGUGUUGCUUCACGGCAGUUUGUGUCAACUUCACUGAUCAAGGCAAAGGCAGUGUUUGGAUCAGUUCAGGAUGCGCUGAAAGUCAUUGAGGACACUGGCGAGAUGGAUUUUGUGUCAUGGGGUGUCAUCAUCACUUCAUUCCUCAAGCAUGGCUUGAACAAUGAGGUCCUUUUCCUUUUUGACUUGUUUAGAAGUGACCAAAUGAACAAACCUGACGAGUUCAUCCUAGCUACAGCCCUGAAUGCCUGUGCGAACGCUGCAUUGAUCCGGCAGUCCAGAUGUAUCCAUUCAAUUGUUGUCAGGACGGGGCACAGGAAGCACUUCUGCGUGGCGAGCGCUCUAGUCGAUGCGUACGCAAAGUGCGGUGACAUAUCGGCUGCGGAGAGUGCAUUACCACUAUUUCAUCAGUAA